CUCCUCUCUCUUCUUAUCAGAGGAGCUUAUCAUCGUCACGUGAUGCCCCAUCGCCUUCGCUAUCAUGACACCGAGGUGACCCACUCCGCCCAGCCCGAGGAUUCCUCCUCUCACAAUUCCACUACGGUUCAUGAACUGUUUCAAUGGACUGUAUGCUGUCACGCCGGCGCAUAGUAGUGGAGCAGCAUGCGCCGGUGAUAGCUUUUCAGUUGUUUCACUCUCACAGACCAUAGAUAUCUUCCUUGAUUAUCAUCAAAAUUCCAUUUCCCCUCAAUUGAAAGACGCAAUCACCUCCCUUCAUAAACACUCUGUUUUCCUGCAAUCGUUUUUCGAUGAAUUCCCACACAAAACCAACCCCUGGGAAGAAAUCAUCAACGAGGCGACAUACAUGGCAGAAAGGAUCAUCGAGCUUCAAUUAACUGAUUCAUUGCUCGAAUCGAGUGCUGGAUCGUCGAGAUCUAAGCUUGAACAGAUGAGACAUCAACACCCUUACGGUUUUAAUGAGCUGAAAAGAGCAACAGAGCAAAUCCAGUCGAUCGUUGACGAAUUAAAAGGCGAGAGACGCGUGGAUGGUCCCGACGACGAGCUAAUCGAAAUAAUUUCUCGACUCCGUGAAGGGUGGACGGAAACGAUCGCAAUUUACGGAGAGGAAGGCGUGGGGAAAACCACUCUUGCCAGAAGCGCUUACAAUGAUCCAUCAAUUGCUGAGCAUUUUGACGUCCGCGCUUGGGCCACAGUAUCCAGCGAAUACGAUCGGCCGCGAGUGAUUCGAGACCUUCUCCGAUCCAUGAAUGUCGAGAGUUCAUCUAAUGAUGAGGAUGAACUGACGCAAACUUUAUUGGAGAAUGUAAGGGGGAAGAGGUAUCUCAUUGUGCUUGAUGAUAUUAGGGAUUUCAGAGAUAGGGCAAAAUUAGGGAUUUUGCCCAAAGAAGGGAAUGGAAGUCGAAUAUUGUUAACCACGAGAUUGUUUAUAGGUUCUAAGUUUGUAGAUCUUUUUCACAAGAUGAGUUUUAUGGAUGAGGAUAAUGCUUGGAACCUGCUUGAAGAAAAGAUAUUCAAAGGGGAUCCUUGUCCUUCUCAAUUGGUGUCUGCCGGGAAGAUGAUUGCCAGAAGCUGCAGAUGGGUUCCAUGGCUUAUUGAGGUGGUUUGUGGAGUACUCGCUGCUGCUGACCCAACUGAAGCUGCGUGGGAAGAUAUUUCAGAAAACAUCAGGUUUGCUGCGUUUGACUAUGGUAACAGACAUUCUCGUAUACUAUCCCUAGGUUAUACAUACUUGCCUCAUCAUUUAAGGCCGUGUUUGUUAUACUUGGGAAUCUGUCGGAAGAUACAUGUUUCGAAACUUGUUAAAAUAUGGGCUGCUGAGGGUUUUCUGAAUGAAACUGAAUGUAAAAGUGUUGAAGAGACAGGGGAAGAGUAUGUGCAGGAUCUUGUUCGGAGAAAUCUUGUUUCGGUCUGCAGUAGAAAGUCUAAUGGCAGAAUCAAGAGUAUCGAAAUAGAAGAUUUUUUCAUGUUUGAUUUGUGCGUAAAGCAAGGCCGUGUAGAUAGUUUCAGUUUUCGUGUUGAUAGCGGAUUUCGCAGUAGUAACUGGCUUAAGGAACUGAAGUCAUGCUGCGGUCGUGUGAGUUGCCGUAUUGAUGAGUUCUAUAAAUGUCCUAAUUUCCUGAAAGGUGCGUAUGGCUCUACUAUCCGAACUUUGAUGUUAUACAUGUCGAAGAGUCAGCCAGGGUUUAGAUUGUCGAUGGGAAAUGUUAGACUGCUGAGAAUACUGGAUUUGUCAAAUGCUCGCCACUAUGAUUUGCCAAAGGGAGUAUUUGAGCUUUGUCAUCUCAGAUACCUAGCGUUUUAUUGUGGGUUCAGUAUUUCGAAAGCCAUUUCAAACCUUGUAAAUCUUCAAACCUUGAUCAUUUGUCCAAGGGAAAGUGACAGUAUCUUUGCCGAAUUUCCAGAUGGGAUUUGGAGAAUGCCACAAUUGAGGCAUCUCCUCGUAUCUUCUUUCAAGUUACCCACUCACAGCUACGUGACUUCUGCUCUGGUGAACCUGCAGACGCUUUCUAGAGUAGUAAAUUUCAUAUGCUCGAGAGAGAACCUCAAAAUGGUACCAAAUUUGAAAAAGCUGACUCUGUUCUAUAGCUGUAGAGACAUGGUGGAGGAUUAUGAGCUCCACAGUCUUAUAUAUCUGCAGAAUCUUGAAACUCUCAAGAUAGAGAUGGAUUGGUCUUUUCGAGAACAGCUGAAGAGCAUGAGGUGUGCUUUUCCUCCAACAUUGCACAAGUUGAGUUUGAGUAGUGUGAGACUUGGCUGGGAUGAUAUGAGAACUGUUGGCUUGUUGCCUAAUCUUCAAGUGCUUAAGCUAAGAAAGCACGCUUGCACUGGCGACACGUGGGAAACGAGUGAAGGAGGAUUCUCUCAGCUUACCUAUCUGCUGAUUGACGAAUCCAAUCUGGAGAAUUGGUUAACUCAAACCUCUCAUUUCCCAAAACUCAGGUCUUUGUUGUUGCGGUGUUGUUUGCGUUUGUUAGAGGUCCCAAACGAUAUUGGACAAGUUCCCUCACUCGAAUUGAUUGAAUUGGAUGGGCAGAACAACUCUCUAUUGCGCUCAGCCAAUAUGAUUCAAAAGGAUCGGCAUAGUUUGGGAGAUGAUCGCCUUCAAGUUCAUGUUGUUUGAAAGAUGGGAAAGAGCAAAGAUCAAAACAAGUUAUAGAAGUAAAUGAUGAGAAGAAACAAGUAAAAUUCAAAGUGAUUGAAGGAGAUGUUUUGAAGCUUUACAAAAACAUGGUGAUAAGCUAUGAUGUUGAGACCAAAGGAGGCAUAGAUUUCGCAACUCGGACUAUAGAGUAUGAGCUCCUCAAACCAGAUAAUCCACAUCCAGUGGGGCUCUUGAAUUUUGGACUUGAAUUAUCUAUUUAUGUAAAGUAAAAGUAACAUAUAGUAUAAAUUUGAUGAUGCUAUAUUGUAUGUGCAUGUGUAUGUUUGUAGUGAAUAAAGCAUCGGUGAAUGAAUUCAAAUGAGUGUUUUUGAGGUU